CACAAGUUAAACUGAUCCGUGCAGCACCACGAGGACUCCGUUUACUUCUGAACUUGGGCGCGCUCUCACCGUAAACGAAAAGCCAAUAGGGGAUUCAGAGAGAGACCAGAGAGACAUCUCCCCCCUUUACUGGCACAGCUGACUGAACUACUUGGGGACACUCUGGAAGACUGUCUCACUAGACGAACAGCCUGAAAGAGGUUCAACAACAUCUGGAGCAUCGUCCUGAACUGCGCCGAGUGACUUGGAGGUCCAGAGAAAAGUGUUUGAGACGGUCCUGAACUGAGCCGAGUGACUUGGAGGGCCAGAGAAACGUGUUUGAGACGUUCCUGAACUGAGCUGAGUGACUUGGCAGGCCAGAGAAACGAGGUUGAGACGGUCCUGAACUGAGCCAAGUGACUUGGAGGUCCAGAGAAAAGUGUUUGAGACGGUCCUGAACUGAGCUGAGUGACUUGGCAGGCCAGAGAAACGAGGUUGAGACGGUCCUGAACUGAGCUGAGUGACUUGGAGGGCCAGAGAAACGAGGUUGAGACAACAGAGAGGCCCACAACGUAGAGGCUUGUACUUGAUUGCUGCUUGCCUGGUGGGAGCUGCAGAUAGCAGGGACAGACCAGCCCAGGCAGACAGGCGAAGGUUUCAGGAGCAGGUCCUGACCUCUCUAUAGGACAUACUGAGAGGAGACUACAAGACUUCUCCUACAGGGUCACCCACCACAACAUGCAAGGGAAAAGUGAACACGAACACCAAGACAACAAUAUGGAAUCAGACAUUGAUCCCAACAAGCAGCCUGAAAGUCCCCCGUCUGAGAACGAGCCCUCCAAUUCAGUCAAAGUCCGCCAGAACCCCAAAUAUCAGCUGUUCCUGGAUGGAGACAUGAUUGGGAACGGAUCCAGGGAUACAAAUGGAACGUCUGGGAGAGAGAACGGGAACGGGAGAGAACCCAAGAGCAGUUCCCGUUGGGAGAGCGCUAGCUCCAGAUUCGGCCCAAACUACCGCGGGUCCCUGGAGUCUCUUGCCUCUCGGGACUGGGACACCAUGUCGGACAGGGUGGGAGGUUUUGAGAGUCCUCCCAGGGUGUUCAACAGCCCUUACGCUACAGCGGCUUCCAUGGAGUACACCCCUGGCAUGAACCGGAUGUCAGAGCAAAAGAUGCAGGAGGUGAUGUCUCCAGCCACGUCAGAGCUGAACCUGUUCAACAGCUACAACAGUAGAAGUAGCAGCCCUGUGCUCUCCUUCACCUCGGCUGCGACCUCCUCACGUGCACGCUUCUCAACCUUUGACUCUCUCAGGAGGCGGGACCAGCCGGUGAUGCCAAGCCAACUCCCCAUACGGUCCACAGUGUCACCUGUUGCUAUGCCCAACAAGAGAGACUACAUCGAGGAGCUGACCAGACAGAUGGAUGCCUGUCAGAAGAGGAACCAGUUCCUGGAGGCAGAGAGCGUAGAGAUGGACAAGGAGAGGAACCAGAUCAGGUUGGAGAUGAGAGGCCUAUUGGUGAACAAAGAGGACCUUCUCAGAACCAACAGUACCCUGCAGAUGGAGAUGAACAGGAUGAAGAUGAGGAUGGUAGAGCUGGAGAGAGACAACACGGCCAUGACGGAACGCUUCAAAGUUAUGGAGACGGAGCUGACCGAGGCCAGGGCCCAGGUGUUGGAGGCCAACACUCAGGAAUAUGCCUUCAACUUCCUACAGCAGUCUCUGAAGAAUAAGAUACAGGUCGCUGAGGAGGCGCUAGAGAAGCAGACGCUCCAUGCUCAGGGGCUGUCCGAGAAGCUGUGGCUGUCUGAGAGACAGUUGGAGGAUCUAGAGGUGGACAAGGAGACACGGGACAAGAGGAGAUCAGAGCUCAGCGACACUGUCUUCAGACUGGAGACUGAGCUAGAAGAGGCUGUACAGAAAGCCUCCCGUGCGACAGCAGAGCUCGGUCUGCAACAGAAGCUACGAGACGACGCCCUGCUGAGGGUAGAGGAGAUGGAGGAGAGUUUACUGGAGAAGAGUCAGGAGCUGCAGAUAGCCCAACAGACCGUCAGCCGCCUACAGGGACAGGUGUCAGGUAAACUAAUAGAUAAGGAGCGUUCCCUGGAGGAGGAGAUCCAGCUGAGAGAGAGAAUCCAGCUGCAGUUGAAGCAGGCAGAGAGGAGCGUAGAGGACCUGACGAUGGAGCUACAGACAGCUACACAGACCAAGGAGGACCUGGACAAGCAACUCAAACAGGCUCAGGAGAAACUGUUAGAUCUUGAGACCGACCUGGAGGAGAUGCAGGACAGUGAACAGAGAUGGGUCAGCAAGCACAAGAGAUCCAUCGAACAGACGGAACAGCUCCAGCUGAAGUUGAUCCAGCAGAAAGAUGUGAAUGAGCAGCUGGACAGCGAGAAAGGCAUCCUGGAGAGACAGCUGCGUGACCUGCGCGCGGAGGUGGAGGAUAUCCAACAUACCAGAAUUCAUGAGGAUGUGAUCACUAAGACGGAGAGCCGGGCCAAGGAGCUGGAGAACGCUCUGAGGGUGGAGGAGAGGAACAAGGUGGUGAUGAACAACACCAUCAGUAAACUGGAGAGGAAGAUCAACGAACUGUCUGAUCAGCUGGAAGAGGAACAGAAGAUGGCCAAGGAGCAGAAGGACCUGACGUCCCAGAGGAUGCGUUCCCUGAAGCGUCAGCUGAACGAGGCAGAGGAGGGGGCUAGUCGUAGAGACGCUCAGUACCGACACACCCAGAGAGAACUGACAGAAGAGAGAGAGGCCUCCACUAAACUACAGAAACAGCUCCUGGACCUGCACCUCCAACUCAAACGUAAGGAGUCCACCAUGACGAUGAGACAGACUCUGGAAGAUCUACGUCUGGACCUUAGUGUGGAUGAGGAGGACCAGACCCCUCUGGUACCCACAGCCUCCAAGGCCUGAGACACCCUUCCUGGGACAGUAUUACAGCAUAGCACCCCCCUCGAUGGACCAGCCGUACUAGCCUUACUCAUAACGCCUUUGGCCUAGAUUCAAUCCGGACUGCGGAAGAUCCAUGUCAUAGCGCCGGUUGACAUUUAUAGCUAAUUUCCCAUUGAUCAGGCAUAUGCAGCCUUCAACGUGAAUGUGGGUCUCAGCGAAUGGUGGGGAACAUUGCCUUUAGAAACGUGCGUAAAGGGGACAAAAUGAGAUGGGAUUGAAUCUAGGCCAUUAUUGAUAAAGGCACCAUUCAUACCACUAAAACAGGACCGACAGGGAACCUACAGCAGCCUCCUGUCAGCCAAUCAAAUCAGCCCCCGCAUGUUUGUUUAUCAGGUUCAAAAACUUACUGUGGCAUCUGAUAAAAAAAUACAAAAAAACAUCAUAAAACACUAUUUUUUUUGUUGUUGCAGGUAUUGAAAAUGUAAAUGUCUUUACUUCUUGUGUUCCAUCAGGCAGAGUUUCUCAAACUCGGGACUCUGGACCGCAAAAAAAAGAGGUGCACAUUUAGGUUCUUACACUACACAGCUGGUUCAAAUGAUCAAAGCUUUAAAUCAGCUGUGUAGUUGCGACCUCUUUGGGGUCUCCGAGGUCAGAGUUUGCGACCUCUUUGGGGUCUCCGAGGUCAGAGUUUGCGACCUCUUUGGGGUCCCCGAGGUCAGAGUUUGCGACCUCUUUGGGGUCCCCGAGGUCAGAGUUUGGGAAACCCUGUCAUAAGAGAGUUUUAUUUGGUAAUCUUCUGGACAAGAUUUUUUUAGAAUGUAAGUUAGUUAAAAUCCCAUUAGGCUUGUAUUUUUCCUGAUUCAUUACUUGUGCCUUAACAGAGAUAAUCGAUUGGAAAAUAAAAACAUUUUAUUGAAUCAAUUGUAUCAAAUAAUGACUAAUGAUAGAAUUGACAUAGGAUUUGGGGAUUAUGUAAUGUUGGGGAUUUGGGCAAAAUUGUCUACAAAUUACCAAAGCAAAUCUGUUGUAAAACGUAGUUUAAUAGUUUGUUAGAAGCAUUAUACAUUCAUUUUCACUUAUCUUAUAUCUACAUGGUAUUGGGAUUACUGUGCUGCACUGUAGACUUCGGGGAAAAGGGAGCUGUAUUUUUUAAGUUAUAUAUAAAAAUGAAAAAGCUUUAUUUUUACACCCAUUGAGCAGAAUGUGGAAGUGUCUUCCUUUUAUAAUGCUUGAAGGACAGACAGCCUGAAUGAGUGAAGCCUGUGGGACCAUUUAACAGUAUACUGCACUGUUUACCACACUUGUUACUUCAACCCCGAGCAAAACCCGGGUGAGCAGAACCUGGGUGAGCAAAACAUGGGUGAGCAGAACCCGGGUGAGCAGAACCUGGGUGAGCAAAACAUGGGUGAGCAAAACAUGGGUGAGCAAAACCGGGGUGAGCAGAACAUGGGUGAGCAAAACCGGGGUGAGCAGAACCUGGGUGAGCAGAACCCGGGUGAGCAGAACCCGGGUGAGCAGAACCCGGGUGAGCAGAACCCGGGUGAUCAGAACCCGGGUGAUCAGAACCCGGGUGAGCAGAACCUGG